AUGUCUACAGCAACGGCCGACGUAAAAGUUGCUCAGAGCAAUUUGUCACCUUCAGAAAAGAAGGAAAGCUUCUGGCUCCGAUUACAUCAUGACCCCUGGUUCCAAGUAAUGCUCAUAUCCGUCAUAUCAUUCUGCAAUCCUGGCAUGUACAAUGCCCUUACUGGCAUGGGAGGCUCAGGUCAAGUCAAUACAACCGUCACCGCGAAUUCCAACGUCGCGACUCAUGCAUGCACUGCAGGAGCUGCUUUGAUUUUCGUGGGUGUCUUCUACAAAUACCUCGGACCUCGCUGGUCUCUACUGCUUGGGGGAUGGACAUAUGCCCUCUAUGCAGGCUCUUUGCUGAAUUACAACCGCACUGCAAAUGGACCCUUUGUGAUUGGGGCUGGAGCAAUCUUGGGUCUUGGUGCGGCGUUUUUCUGGGUUGCGCAGGGCACAAUCAUGGUUACUUAUACCACCGACAGUACUAGAGGAGGAGCUAUUGCUCUGUUUUGGGUGAUCUUCAACUUAGGUAGUGCGAUCGGUUCGCUCGCUAGUUUUGGGCUCAAUUACAAUUCCAAAUCCGGUACUGUCACUGACUCAACAUACAUUGCUUACAUCGUGAUUAUGCUAUUCGGUUGGGUAUUAUCUUUGUUUGUGUCUCCCGCGGAAGCGUUAUCUCGCAAGUACAACGGCAGUCGUCUCUCUGAAGAAUCCAAGACCCUCAAAUGGGCGAACGUGAAGGUUACAAUCGUGCAAACGGUCAAGAUUGUCCUUGACUGGAAAAUCAUGUGUCUGUACCCAAUGUUUUUCAACGCCAACGUGUUUUAUUCAUAUCAGCAAAACGAUGUCAACGGGAUGACCUUCAACCUACGCACACGAUCCUUAAAUAGCGCCCUAUAUUGGAUCGCGCAGAUGCUCGGAGGACUUUUAAUAGGCUAUAUCCUAGACAUCAAUUGCAUUAAUCGCCGAACAAGAGCACAAAUCGGCUGGUCUAUCCUCUUCAUCACCGAUGGUAGCAUAUAUUUGGGUCCCAUGUUUUUGUAUUUCUUCUAUGGUGUCUACGACGCCUUUUGGCAGGGGUAUUGCUACUGGAUAAUGGGCGCUCAGUCGCGCGACCCGGUUGUCAAUGCGGUCAUUAUCGGGGCUUAUUCUGCGUUGAAACCUGCUGGAGGAUCUAUGGCCUGGAGAGUGAAUGCUAAUGGUGUUAGUGCCAUGGUUCAAUUUGCAAUGAAUUGGGGGCUAACGAUUGGGAGCUUGGUUGUGGCUGUUCCAACUGUGGUUACCUUGAGUAAGCAUAGCUAUACUUCGGAAGAGGUUCAAGAGGACGCGAAGAAGGAUGACGUACAAGUGUAG